GGCUCCCCGCCGAACGGGGCGCUGCCCCUUUAAAAACAAAAUGGCCGCCCGCUUUUGCGCCCCGCCGCCGCCGCUCCCCCUUCCCCGCCGCCGCCACUUCCGGGGGGCGGGGCCAGGCGGGCGGAAGUGUGUCGCGCUCGCAAGAUGGCGACUCCCUAUGUGACUGACGAGACCGGGAAGUACAUCGCCUCCACGCAGCGCCCCGACGGCACCUGGCGGAAGCAGCGGCGGGUGAAGGAGGGAUACGUGCCGCAGGAGGAGGUGCCCGUGUACGAGAAUAAGUAUGUGAAGUUUUUCAAAAGCAAACCUGAGCUGCCGCCCGGGCUGAGCCCGGAGGCCAACGCCCAGCCCAGCAAGCAGCCCGGCAAGGCGGAGAGCGGAGAGACGGGACUGUCCAAGGCAGCCAAAAGGAACUUGAAACGCAAGGAGAAGAGGAAGCAGCAGCAGGAGAAGGGGGAGAGGGAGACAGACGAACUGAUCCAGGCGCUGGAGAAGACCUCCCUGUCGGGGGGCGGCGGCGGGGACAAGGGUCCCCCGGGGGACAGUCAGGCAGCCGCGCCGCAGCCGGCCUGCGGCACCAAGGGCCCCGCCGACGGGGAGGCCUCCGCCGCGGAGAAAACCAAGAAGAUCAAGAACCUGAAGAAGAAGCUGCGGCAGGUGGAGGAGCUGCAGCAGCGGCUCGACUCCGGGGAGAUCAAGCAGCCGACGAAAGAGCAGCUGGAGAAGCUGGGGCGGAGGAAAGCCUUGGAGGAGGAACUGCAGGACCUGGAGCUGGACUUGUAGGGGUGGGCGGGAGGGACGGGACGGGACGGGACGCGGGGACUCGCAUCGCAGCGGGCGCACGAGGGCCGGCGUCCCCAGAGCACAGGUUGUCCGGACUGAGCGCCAGGCCCCUCUUUCCCGGGGAUUUUGUUUUGGUGGGUGCUGUUGGUUUUUUCAUAACAGUUUUUCCCAGCUAUCGGUGUUAGAAACUCGGCGACUCUCAAAUACCUCUCUCCUUUUUUAAUUUUAUUUGGGGUGGGGCCGGCCUGGCGGGCGGGCAGGGCUGGUGCUGCGGGCCAGGGCAGGGGCAGUGGCUCUUCCUUUCGUUGUUCCCUGGCCCCUCGUGUUCUGUGUUACGGCCUCUCUUCCUUUAUUUUUAAAAACGAUGCAAUAAUAAAAUUGCAGUAGUGA